CUUUUUUUAACGUAAAGAACGACCCGUCUAUUCUUUUUAAGUGCCAACAUUUUAAUAUUUCUUUUCUUUUUCCCUUUUGUUCAUUUCGUCCUUUGCUCCUGUCUUUUUUCUUCGCCAGUAUGUUUGAGGAAAAAUAUAUUGGUCUUAUUCUCGCUAUGAGUUCAAGUGUUUUUAUUGGACUGUCAUUCAUUAUCACCAAGAAGGGGCUAAUGAAUGCCCGACAAUACCACGGCGUCUCAGCUGUUGACGGGAAACAUCAUUAUCUGAAAAAUUGGACGUGGUGGACCGGCAUAGGCACCAUGGCUGUGGGUGAAAUUUUGAAUUUCUCUGCGUAUUCUUUUGCACCACCGAUCCUUGUCACUCCAUUGGGUGCAUUAAGCGUUAUUCUUGGCGCUAUUUUCGCGUCGAUAUUUUUGAAGGAGCGUCUCGGUGCCAUUGGGAAAAUCGGAUGCAUGCUCUCAGUUGUAGGCGCACUGAUAGUGGUACUUCAUGCGCCGGCGGACAAAGAAGUUUCAUCCAUUGAUGAAUUAUUAUUUUAUGCCUUGCAACCCGGCUUCAUGAUGUAUUGCACACUUGUGGUGACAGUGAGCCUGUUCAUGAUCUAUAAAGUAGUACCACGUUAUGGGAAGCGGAACCCGUUUAUCUAUGUUUCUAUAUGCUCGCUCGUAGGCUCUGUAUCGGUGAUGGCCAUCAAAGCCUUUGGUUUUGCAUUGAAGCUGACGAUUGCUGGCAAUAAUCAGUUCACCCAUCCAUCUACCUAUGUCUUUGGAAUAGUGGUCGCUGUAUGUAUUGUGACUCAAAUGAAUUAUUUCAACAAAGCCUUGGAUCAAUUUUCCACCAACGUUGUCAAUCCCAUUUACUUUGUUUGCUUUACUACUGCCACGAUUGCGGCUUCAGCGAUUCUGUUUCACGGUUUCAAUACCAAUGAUCUUGUCAAUAUUAUCUCGUUGAUGAGUGGGUUUAUCAUCAUUUUUGCCGGGGUUUAUCUCUUGGACUCAAUUGCGCGGGCCACCACAAACGAAGCCAGUCAUUCAGAUAACCGAUAUGGUGAAGACGAACGGCUGCUGAUGAGUGAAGUUAAUAUGAUGGAAAAUGAAGAUUGCGUCAACCUGAACGAAUUCGAGGAUACCUUUCAUAGCCAACCUAUGAUCAUGCGAUGAUUAACAUUCCCAUGUUCCACUAACCGUUAUAUCCUUCAAUCCAUAUAUUUGUCUCUUCUUAUUGUAUUCAUAGCUACAUCCAUUCUUUAGAUUGUUCACGUCUUGUUUAAAUUGAACGUUUUCUUUUUUUUUUUUCUCUCU